CAUGGCGCCAUCAUGUGGCUCUUCUGAUAACUGCAUCCACCGAGGGCUCGGGGAUCUAUUAACCAACCUGGCGGUCAAUGAUUGUCGAUAACAAUGAUCGAAGUUCGACUCGCCCAUGUUGCUGAUUCUGCAGACAUAUGACUGUCACCAUGUUGGUGAAAACUUUCCCCGGCAGGGUUUUCAGACUUUUCCAUCAACGUGUUUGCUUAAAAAGCACAAUGGCGACGGCUGCCACGACGUGCCCUGCAAGAAGUUACUAUAAGGCCCCAAGUUCGGAGCGCACCGGCGCGAGCAGGGUCCGGCAGGUGAAGGUGGUGGACCUCCGCAGCGACACGGUGACCAAACCUGGAGUUGCCAUGAGACGUGCGAUGUUUGAGGCCGAUGUCGGUGAUGACGUGAUGGGAGAGGAUCCGCUCGUCAACGAGUUGCAGGAAGUGGCUGCGAAGUUGUUUGGAAUGGAGGCAGCCAUCUUUGUCCCAUCUGGAACGAUGGGCAAUCUCAUAGCAGUGAUGGUUCACUGCAAGGAGCGAGGCGACGAGAUGAUCGUGGGGGAUCAGUGCCACAUCCACAUCUAUGAGCAGGGAGGGAGUGCCCAGCUGGCCGGAGUGCAUGCGACAACAGUGACCACGCUUCCUGACGGCACCUUUGACCUGGACCAGUUGGAGUCAAAGAUCCGCCACGGCUACCCGGACCCUCACUACCCUCGCACGCGUCUCAUCUGCGUCGAAAACACACACAACGUUCGAGGGGGACGUGUUCUGCCGCUCAAAUUCUUACAGGAGCUGUCUGUGUUAAAGGUUCGCUCCCUAGCUGACAAGCAUGGUCUGAUGGUGCACAUGGACGGCGCCCGGGUGAUGAACGCCGCUGUAGCUUUGGGGGUCCCUGUGAUGACCGUCCUGCAGCAUGUACACACCGUCAGCGUGUGUCUCUCUAAGGGUCUCGGUGCGCCAAUUGGGACCAUGCUGGCCGGACCCAAGGACUUCAUCAGCCACGCAGUCAGGUGUCGUAAGGCUCUGGGCGGUGGGAUGCGUCAGACUGGGAUUCUGGCUGCAGCUGGAAAAGUGUCCCUGCUGGACAUGGUGGAGAGACUGAAGGAGGAUCAUCUAAAUACGAAAACAUUUGCUGAGGCUUUGUUGGCGGGCGACGACUCUCCGUUCGCCUUCGACUUGGACACAGUGGAGACAAAUAUCCUGCGUUUCAGACUGAAACCUUCCACCCUGUCCUCCGCAGACUUCUGCGCUCACAUGGCUGAGGUGGGAGAGGGAGAGGAGGAGGCUCUCGGACAGGGAAUACGAGUCCUCAUGUUCCCACAGUACGGUAAUGCUGUUAGGGCUGUGUUCCAUCUGGGGAUAUCAGCUGAGGACACACAACUGGCCAUCCAAAAAGUGAACUUUGUGGUUUCGCAGUUCAGGAAGGGUGCUCUCAGGUCUACUUAAAAAACGAAACAGAAGAACAUGCUGUUGAUGUGGAAGUUGAUGACAAAAAAUGGGGAGGAUUGUGAAAAAGGCUCGCUUUGAUUUGGUGUCCCAAAACUUUCUGUUUUCUUUUUUUUAAUCGUGAGUACAAAUGUGGUUUUAUAACAGUUAUUAGAUGAGAUGAGAUGAGAUGUCCUUUAUUUGUCCCAAAGAGGGGAAAGCAGCUGUAAGCAAAGAUACAAAGACAACAAAAACAUAAAAGACACACACCUACCAACAAAGAUGAACGCAGAGCAACAGCAAACAUAAAACACAAAGCUGUCACAUUUUGCACAUUUACACAAAUGACCUAAAUAGAGAAUACAUAAUAUAAAUAAUAAAUGGUCUCAAUAGAUAAUAAAUAAACAAAUGCUCAACAAUGGACACCAGUCAGUGAGAUUUUACGGUGAGAUUUAUUAUUUUGUUAAGGUUUUUGGGCAAUAAUGGUAGACAUAUAUAACAUAGAGAAGAACUUGCAUGUUCUCUCUUAUGACAGUGUUUUAUCUUUCUUCUUUCUUUUCAUUUCAGUCUUACUUAUUUCACUUAUGUCAGUUAUAUACCUAGCAGGUUUGUGGAUGAGUGACCAAGCUGGUGAUGCCUUGCAAAACCAUACUUCCAACCAUAUUCAACUUUACUCCUUUUUAAACCAGUAAAAAUGUAUUUGGGUGUAUAGGCCGGUCGGAAUACUACUAUAUGUUUAUAAACUGCAAAAUAAAUAUGAAUUUAGAGAAAUAAAAGUGGAACUUGUCAUGUUCAUUAAUAAGUAUUUAGAUUUUCCAUGCUUCCAUCCUUCUAUUUCAAAUUCUGAGGACGAUGCCUUUGCUGUUGACAGUUCUUUAGUCUUAAGUCUUUUAGUCCUCAAGUCUCUUCGUAAAGUUGUGGCAUGUCUGUGUCAGUGAAGAACUUUUUGGGCUCCAUGUGUUUGUGUACCUUCCAAUACAAGCAUGUGCAUUUGUUGAGUUGCCAAGAGAGCCUGGUCUUCAGGAACUGGAAAAAUGUGCAAAACACAGUGUGCAGGACAUCAGGUGGAUUUGUCUUUUAUUACAAAGGAACAAAAAUGGGGA